AUGAUGACACCAAGUCGAAAUCAUUCCCAGCUUGCGCUGAGGCGGUUCUUUCAAUCCUACGAUAGCCUGCAGCGAGAAGCUUCGACGCUAGAUGCGGAUCGACAAUCCCUUCAAGCAGCACAAAGCUCCUACAAAGGCGUGGCCGAGGCGAUGGAGCAAAGCAAAGCUGCCGUUGAGAAGAACAUUGCUUUCAUCACGGAACAGAAAGAUCGUAUCGAGCUGGUUUCCAGUCACUGGUUCUUCGGCACAACUUUGUAUCAACCACAGUUGUGGUUGCGCGGUGGAUGCCAAGGAAAGAUAGACCGGGCGAAAGAGAAACUGGAAACUGCAGAGAAGCAGCAUCCUAUUCUAGAGGAAACGCUACGAGUUCAGCAUGAAAAGGAAACGGCCGCCAACGAAAUGCUGCGACAAAAAGAAGCCGCAUUUGGAAGGGCAGCGGAUGCUGACAAAGAAGCCAAGCGGAUGAAAGAAGACAUGGCGAUUCAACACCCCACAUACGCCCUCAAUAGCCUGGUACAAGAUGAAGCAACAUUGAAGAAGAAGAUUGAAGAACACCACCAAAGAAAGAACCACAUAGAAAACACUAGAUUGUCGCUAAACGACGCCACCCGAUGUGCUACCAAUGCAGAAUCUCAUGUCAAAGCGGCUGAGGACAAGCUUCGACAAAUUGACGGACUCGCAACAGAAGGCCUCGCACUUUCUCUGCCCAGCGGCGGAUCGACAACCACUACGAGUCUCGAAGAUGGGGGGAAGGAAGUCAUCAAAGAAGGAGCCUCCUCUAAUCCAUAUCGAGACUACACGAGGUUUGAUGAUGCGGGCAACAUUGUUAUGACAAACCAUCCGUGUCCAAGUGGCUGUGGAUUUGUUGUUACAUUCCAUCCCACCCAUUGUUGCGCCGCUUGUUCAAAUCCAAACAAUGGAGGCGGGUGUCAUGGCAAACGGUGCGAAGGCAUCCCUCUUGCCUCCCAGGAGGGUGCCACCGAACUCUGGAAAAAGUUUCAAAGGCAACGCCAAGCACACGAAAAGAAACUAGAUCAGAUGCGCCAUCACGUUCAACGAGAGUUGCAUGAUGCAAACCGAGAACUACAAAAAGGGUUUGGCAUAUUUCGGAGAACAUGCGCUAGUCUCAAUGGUGGCUCAGUCGACGCAAACUCUUUGGCUUGGAUGCCACCGGCAGGAAGUUGCUGCUCGGGUAGCUGCUCCUGUUGCCCCGUCUCUACUAGAGGGAGUCAGGUAAGAGCACAAGCUCACCAGCUCCAACUGGCCGUGAAGGACCAAGAGUUUGAUUUGAGGCUGAAAAAACUGAUAGAAGACCAGGAAGGGAAAAGAUUAAAUGAAGAGCUCAAUACGAAGAAAUCUCAGAUUGCAGACGAGAAGGAUGCCAUCUUUGCCUCGCUGCGCAUCUCCUCUGAAAAUGAUGGCGAUUACGAUGAUGGCGACACGUUGGAUGAUAGCUGGGAACGGCCGCCGGCGAUGUCACCACACUACAACAUUCCAGUCAGUGCGAUUCCGGCUACGGUCUUUGACAGACCUCCUCCGACAGCUCCUCGCCAACACAUUCCGGUGGCCACAGCGUCUUUGAUCAACAACAUUUAA